ACCCUCAAAUACCUGCAGGUUUCUUGUUAUUUCUGCUCUUCAUGAGAAGGCGGAUGGUUGAUCAAAGACAAGAGUUUCUUUUUCUCGUCCUUGUGUGUUUUCUCUUGUUUCCACAGACUUCAUGGGGAUGGUUCUUCUCUUCCAAAGAGACUCCUGCAGCCGGAAACCCUUGGAACAAUGAAGCGAUCUCACGGGAUGCAGUUUCCGAAUUCUCCAUGGAGGCUAUGAGCAACCGGAAGGGAGUCCAGCUUGUUGAGAACGCCAGGAAGAAGAUGGCUGCAGCCUCAUCAUCUUCCUGUUGGCAAAACGCCUAUGAGAAUCUCUUUGCCGGGUGUUCAGAUAUUCUGGCCGGCGAAGAGAAGCGCUCGAGGCUUGCCUGGCAUCUCAGCAACUGCUUCCAGAAAGACUCCGGCAGGCCACCUUUCCCUUACUGUGACACGAAAACUAGAAUGGUGAAGUGCCUUACAAAAUUGGACCAGGAUGCUCAUAGGAUCUAUCUUGAGUUCUAUCUUGAGACCAACUCUAUCUGUCACCAGUUACAGACUGAUGCAUUCAAGCGCCAAACUGAGAGGCUGGUGAAUGAGCUAAAGAAGUCUGCAGAGUUUGCUGAAGACAAAUUGGAGAAGAUAGAAGAGAGAGCAGAGGAUUUGUUGCAAGAUUCUCAGCACAUACACGAUUCCUUGGCUUCCAUUGAUAUUCAGACACAACAAAUGGCAGAAAUUACUAAGAAUGUUGAAGAUUGUGUUAAUGCUGCUCUGAGGCAUGCAGAAGCAGUUCAUAAACAAACCAAGGAGAUUGCAGGUUCUCAGUCGGAACUGCAAGAAAGCCAAUCACAAAUGAAGCACAAGUUGGAAGAAUCAAUGGCGACGCUACAUGAAUCUUACCGUAAUGUGGUUGGAGAGGUAAGUAAACUGAAGAAUGAAGCGGCUGAAAUAGAGAAGGAAAUUGGCAGAGUUGGGGAUGCAAUGGCUUCAAAAAUGAAUACCCUGCAGAGUAAAGCUGAUGAUAUUGGCGAUAUGGCAGGCAUCUCCCUGGAUAAGCAGAAGACGCUUCUAGAUGGGCAAUCCGUGGCCAUCGAAGGCCUUCAGUUUUUAACUACAUUUCAGUCCCAGGCACUUGAAGAGAGCAGGGGUACCUUACAAAAGUUAGCUGAACUAGGGGAUAAGCAACAAGAUGAGCUUCUCCAGCGACAACAGCUGCUUCAACAAGCUCAUGAUCAUUUAGUUGAAAAUUCAAGGACAAUAUUGGCAGCUCAGGAAGCUUUUGAAUCAAAGCAAGCAAGCAUGUUCGUUGCUCUAGACAAACUCUUUGCCUUGCACAACGCGAUGCUGCUUGAGUCCCGGUUAGUUAAAAUGUUCAUCAUUUACUCGAUGCUAAUCUUUGUCCUGUACUUGUUCACAAGCACAAAGCAGACCUACGCUGUGAGACCCAGGCUUUACAUAGGGCUUUGUGCCACAUUCUUGAUUGAAUUUGUUAUACUGCGGCAUGGACCGAGUAAUAUUGAGCAGCAGGCUUGGGUACUGAGUCUAGUUAGAUCGCUCUUUGCACUAAUUGCAGCAAUCCAGCUUCUAUAUGCCGUCUGUACAUUCAGGGACAUAGAAUUGUUAAAUCACCAGCUGCUACUGAAAAUAACCGAGGACCUCAUUGAGGUGUUUAACGGUAAACGAGCAAAAUACGAAGAACUAUCAUGGGAUGCUGGAAGUGAUAUAAACUGGCCUUCAUGGGUUGAGACAGAGUUACCAGAGGAUGUAGAUAAUCUUGAAGAUCCUGACUACUUACUUCAAGAGGAAGUUGGAGAGAACUCAGUUCCAACCACUUCAACAACUAAAAGAUACAAUCUCCGUCGUCGUCAUAAUUCAUAGUUAUACAGAAAUUCUCACCAGUUGCAUAUACAUAUUGAAUCUCUUUAUUACUCACAGUUGCAUACACUGGUGAUUCAGCAUUUCUGCUGGGUGUAAUUAAACACUUUCUGCUUAUAUAUGACAAUACCUUAUAUUUUUAAA